AUGAACAACCUCACAAUGGUGACAGAAUUCCUCCUCAUGAGCUUUUCCAAAACCUGGGAGCUACAGAUCUUACAGGCCAUCUUGUUCUUGCUAAUCUACUUGGUGGCUCUGAUGGGGAACCUGCUCAUCUUCACUCUCAUCUCACUAGAUGGGCACCUCCACACCCCUAUGUACUUCUUCCUGAAGAACCUGUCCUUCUUGGAUCUUUGUCUUAUUUCCACCACAGUCCCCAAAUCCAUUGCAAACUCCAUGAGCCACAGUCAUUCAAUCUCUUUGUUGGAGUGUAUAUUACAACUCUUUUUGGUUAUCUUCUUUGCAUCAUCAGAGCUUUUUCUCCUCACAGUGAUGUCCUAUGACCGCUAUGUAGCCAUCUGCAGGCCCCUAAACUAUGAAGUUGUCAUGAACAAAGGGACUUGUGUGAAGAUGGCAGCUUUUUCCUGGCUCACUGGUGGUUUGUUUGGGGUCCUAUACACAAUUAGUACAUUCUCAUUGUCUUUUUGUAACUCCAAUGAGAUCCAUCAGUUCUUUUGUGAUGUCCCUUCUUUACUCAGAAUCUCUUGCUCUGAUACACAUAUUGCACUUGAUGUGACUAUAGCUAUGGGGUUCAGUUUAGGGAUUCUCUGCUGUAUUUCCAUAACUAUCUCUUAUGGUCCAAUCUUCUCAACUGUGCUGAAGAUUCCAACCACAGAGGGUCGAUCAAAGGCCUUUUCCACUUGCUUGCCCCACCUCUUUGUCCUCCUGAUUUUUAUCACAACAGCAGCCUUGUCUUACCUAAGCCCACCUUUGGACACUAACUCAGUACUGGAUCUAUUAUUGUCUAUGUUCUAUAUGGUGGUGCCCCCAACCCUGAACCCUAUCAUCUAUAGCCUAAGGAACAAGGAUGUGAAGACUUCCCUAAAGAAGCUCAUAGCCUGA